AUGUGGGACUUUGGAACAACGGUGGCCCUGAACUCUGUGGUGCAAGAAGGAAUGGAAAGUACAGGUUCAAGCAUAUUCUCUCCUGUGGAUCUUUCCCAGUUGCUCCAGGCUGAGGAGAACAGGAGCAAACGCCUGGAGAAAGUCCACGUCGUUCUGGGGAAUAAAUCCUGUGAUUUGGAUUCUCUCAUUUCUUCUUUGACUUAUGCCUUCUUUCUAGACAAGGUCAGCCCUCCUGAUGUUCUUUGCUUACCAGUGUUGAACAUACCAAGAAGAGACUUCAGCUAUUUCACAGAAACAAGAUUUAUAUUGGAGGAGCUGAAUAUCCCAGAGUCAUUCUGUAUCUUCCGAGAUGAAAUCAAUUUGCACCAGCUGAAUGCUGAAGGGAAAUUGUCUUUAACACUUGUAAACGGCAGCAUGCUGACAAGUGAGGAUAAAAGUUUGGAAUCAGCUGUUGUCAAAGUCAUCAAUCCAGAUGAGCAAUGUGACGGCAGCCUGGAGUUACAAGCGUCUUCUUCCUCUCUAGUAGUAAAAGAGAUUCUUCAAGAGGCACCAGAGUUAAUCACUCAGCAACUGGCUUAUCUCCUCAGAGGAAGCAUUCUCUUCAAGUGCAUGUCUUUGGAGCCUGAGAGAAUUACAGAGCAGCAGGAGAAAGUGCUGUCAAUGCUGGAGGAAAAGUUUCCAGAUCUGCCCCCACGGGAGGAAAUUAUCUCCGUUCUCCAGGAGACUCAGUUUAAUUCUCAAACAGGCAUAAAUAUUGAGGAGGUUAUGCUGAAGGAUCUCAAGGAGCUUUCAGAUGGAGAGAUCAAAGUAGCAAUCAGUACUGUGUACAUGACACUGGAGGACUGCGUGUUACACAGGAGUCUCGUUGGUGGUCUGAAAGCAUUCAUAGAUAAGUACGGGUUUGAUGUACUUGUCAUUUUGGCCAACUGUUUGUCAGAUGAGGAGCAAACCAAACGACAAAUAAUAGUAUAUUCAGAAAACUUAGAACUAGGCAAUCAAGUCUGCUGUGAAUUAGAGGAAUGUCAGAAUCCUUGUUUGGAGCUGGAUCCUCUAGAAUGUGGAUGUGACCAAAUUCUCGUUUAUCGUCAAGAAAAUUCUUUGGUGACCUGUGAUCAAAUCCUUCUUCUAGUUAAGGAAGUUAUAAAUAGAAGACAACCAGAAAUGGUAUCAAACAGUAGAACUUCUUCUACUGAAGCUGUUGCUGGGAGUGCUCCACUUUCACAAGGAUCUUCUGGUAUUAUGGAGUUAUAUGGUUCUGAUGUAGAACCGCAGCCCAGUUCCGUCAAUUUUAUAGAAAAUCCUCAAGAUCUCAAUGGAUCUAUACCAGCCCAUGUUGAUGUUAACGUAGAUCUUGUGAGUCCAGACAGUGGAUUGGCCACUAUUAGAAGCAGUCGAUCUUCCAAGGAGAGUUCUGUUUUUCUUAGUGAUGAUAGCCCUGUUGCAGAAGGUGCUGCUUCCCAUCACAGUUUUCUGCCUGGUUUUGAUUCCUACAGCCCUAUUCCUGAAGGUACAAUAGCAGAGGAACAAAAACCUCAGUCUAGAAACAAUAGCGAUAACUUUGAUCUUUUCAAUUUUGAUAUAGCACCCAUGGUUACAGCUCCAUCUGAGUCAUCUUCUCGUUCUGUUGACUGUUCCCCAGCAGACGACUUUUUUCUUAAUAGUGAUUCAUCAGAAGGACAACCACCCACUGUGCAGAAAGAACUCAGUGAGGCAAACCUACUAGAAAAUGACAUACCAAAUUAUUCAACUGACUUACUGAUGUCAACAAAUGAGGAAGACAAUUUGGCUGAAUUUGAUGUGAAUCCAGGAGAUACACGUGAGAAAACUGCAAGUUUGAUCAAUAUAGGUGAAGGUGAUUCUUCUUCACCUGAAAUGUUGAAAUCUGCUGAUUCAAGAAUUCCACCAACUCCUAUGAACAGUCUUGUAGAAACUUCUCCGUUAGAUAAUGGACAGCCUUUGUUCUUUCCACAAGAUAUAGUAAAAAAAAUUAAUGAAAUGGAUAGCACAAACUAUUCUCAGUCUCGUGUUAGAUAUGGGAGCUGGUGGGAUGGCUUUGACCUAGAGUCUAGAAAUGCUGAUACGUGGAGUUCAAGUGAGCAAGAAUCUGUAUUUCAGAGCCCUGUCUUAUGGAAAGAUUGUAAAACAAGUCCAUUGUUACGGGAACAUAUUGAAAGAAGAGCCUCAGAUUCUGUGUUCUUGCAAAAACAGCCAAAGCAAGUGGAAUACACAAGAACAAGUCUGUGGGAUAAUCAGUUUAAACAAGAUAAUCAGAACCUAGCGAAUGAAGAGAAAAACAUUGAACAUUCAUGUUUGCAAACUGCUUCCUUUGUGGACACAGAGCAAGAAGUAGAGAACUUUACUGACCCUUGGAAGGCAAGUCGGCCAAUAUCUGUGGUUUCAGAUGUAUGGUAUACUGGUGAAGGGAAAGGUGGUCAACUAGCUGGAGACUCUUAUGAAGUGUGGACUGAGUUUGGUGCAGAUGGUAUUGCUAAAUCCUCAGAAAAAGUAUGGAAUAUGCCCAAACUGGACAGAGAAAAGAAAACAGUGAAUAAUCCUGAGGAAUGGACCAUAUCAAAAACUAGCUUAUCAGAUUCUUCAGAAAUCAUAGCAGACAACGAGACUGAAAAUGCAGCUAUUCAGGUGUCUCCAGAAGCCUGGGAUAAAAAGAGAUACUCUGUAGAAGAAAAUGGAACAUCUGAAAAUGCAAAUUUUACUAUCAACAAUAUGCAAAACAAUUUCAGGUUACAAACAGAGGAAAAAAAUCUAUUGGUUGACCCUAAACAUAGACCAAAACAAUUUGAAAAUAUAGAGACCUGGAAUUUAUAUGAUAAAAAUGUCAGGAAAGAAGUAACAGAAGUAGUGGUACCAUGGGAAGAUACCUUCUUGGCAUAUAAAUGCUCAGACCUUAGCUCGUCAAACAUCGGUGAAGAUUUAGUUAUUUCUCCACUAGACACCAAUUAUUCAACGUCUGACUCAUAUAUAUCACCUACGUAUGUGGGAGAUGAAAGAGAAAAAGAGGAUAAAGAUUUUGACGAGGAAGCAAUUACUGAUAAAUUCAUAAUCCCAAAUUUAGAUGAACCAAAAGUACUUGAGAAAGCAGAUAAGAAACUGCUGUCUCCCAGAAACAUACCUUUUUCAAGCUCCAGAAACACAGCCAUCUGGGAUACACCCUUAAAUAAUGAAACCCACUUAACAGAAAGAAAUUCUGAGAUUACUGCUCUUUCUGCCACUGACAUACCUGUACUUAAUUCAGAGCAAACAGCUUACCAGUAUUUUUCAACUGAGAAAAACACCGAUGAAAAUAACUUUUCUAUCUCUCUAAACAGAAAAAUAACACCAGCAUACCAUCAAACAGUGAAUGACUUGUCACCACCACGGAAUGAAUUAAAUAUUAGAUGUACAUCUGAAAAUGUAGAAAUGAUGAGCAAUGUUCCUGUAGAAGACACAGACAUAUCUACAACAACUUCAGAUGCUGGAAACAUUUUGAAUCUGAAAGCAUUUGACUUAGAAAGUGAGAUACUGGGUGAAGAAGAAGCACAAAACACUGUUAAUGAUGAAAAGCUGGAUAGUUGGCCGUUAGUGCUGGAGCCAGACUCACGGAGUUUGCAGAUGAAGCAGGAUUGUGAGGAAGCCUGGGAGAGCUACAAUACCAUUGUCACCUCUCCGGAAGGAAAUGAGAAACGUAAGAGAAUAAAUGAAACAGAUGGACAGCAAAAUAUUAGUGACAUUUGUAACAAACCAGUGCAAGAUGACAGUGAAUCUUCAUGUAAUGCUGAUUCAGAAGAAAAUAGGUCAAUUUGUGAAGUUCCCAGUGCACUAGAAAAAAUGCGGAGUAAUGUUAGAUCAGAAACUUCAGACAGAGAGAACGUGUCAGUUUCCGAUGACUUUAAUAUAGUCAGCCAGGAAGAGAGGAAAGAGUUAUUGCAGGACAAUGAAGAAUCUUCUUCAAGUGCUUCUGAGGAAGAUAGAAAUUAUGAAUCUUUUGAUGACUCCAAGCCACAAAAUUACAGUUGUUCUGAAACAUCACAGCCACUUUCUGAGAAAGGUGAAAAGGAGACUACAGUGAUAGAUGAUGCACUGAGUUCUGAGAUGGAAAGCAUCUCAGAAAGUUCCAACAGAGGUACUGAUAAUCGUGAAGAUAAAUCUUCUAAAAUGCCUGAAAAUGUAGGUGUCUGCAGUGACUCUGGGAAGAGUGGUUCUCACUUAGCCACAUCAAUUCCUGUGAAGAAUGAAGCAGCAGAAGUGCAGACAGAAGAGAAAGAGGGCUUGUAUGAUGUGGUUCCUAAUAAUUUAGGCCUUUGUAAUUCUGAGUUAUUGUCUUCUGAGGAUAGCCCAGAACUGAGCAGCACUCAUGAAAAAUCUUUCCUAGAUGAGUCUCCACAAGUUAAAUUUCAGAAAAGUCCUUCUGCUGGAUAUGUCAGUGUUCCUGACAUUACAGAUAUAUCUGUGGUUAAAAGUUCAUUUUCAUGUGACAUAGAUUCUGGGAGAAGUGAAAAUUCUGAAAACUUAGAAUCUGCUAAUAACCUUUUUGGAGAGGAAUGUGUGGCACUUCAUGACAGUUUCCCCCAAACUGCUUGGAAUUCACUGCCAACUGAAGAUUUGCUAUCUCCUGGAACAAGUCCUGAGGCAAGUGAGGUCCUUGAAAUGGUAAACACCACAAGCAGCAUUUCUAAAGAUAUACAGAUCAAAAGUUACUUGGAGGAAGAUAGUAUGUGGAGUGAUUCUAUAAAUGAUUAUACACACUCAACUGGAACAAGUCCCGAUUUAAGUGAUGCUUCUGUGAAUGCAUGGGGAGACCUUCCAGUUGCUAGCCAUCAAGCAGAGAGUAGAGGUAUAUGGGAUUUCACAAAUGAUAAAAAAAUUGAGGAGGCUCAUAAAAAAAAAGAAUUUGGGAGUGAAUGUCAAGAAGGGCUUAAAACAAGCACUGAACACAAAGUUCCUAAAAAUUUAGAUUUUUGGAAUGCCCAUGUAGAUGAUGAUACUGUAUCUUCUUUGUCAAGUCCUGAAAUAAAUGAGGAUUCAGAGAAUUCAGAUACCUGUCCAGCAGUGAUGAGUGAAGAUUCCACAUAUGAAAAAAAUAAACACAGAACAUCUGAAAUUGGAGGGGAUUAUGCACAAUCCAAUGCAACAAGUCCUGAAACAGAUGAAGACAAUUUACAUAAAAAAAAUAAGAUGGGAGAGGAGGUCCAAGUAAGCAUCUUAAAUGAGAAUCCUGAAACACUUAAAGCUGAGAGUAUAUCAAAGGAUGGCCUGACUAUAACUGAGUCUGAUGAGGCUUCUGAACAUUUACAGCACCAGGAAACACUUCAGGAAAAAGCUGAAGAGACUAUUUUCAGUGAAAAAAAUGGUACUUCAGAAGACUCAUGUUGGCAUGAAGUGAAUGAAGAUACUACACUGACUUUUGCGGUUGGCGAUAAAGAAGAAUAUUCCUCAAAAGCUUUAGAUAAGUGGAAUAUGUCACAGGAAGCUGAUUCAGGAUUUGAACCAAAGUCCAUAGUAAAAACAUAUGAUUUUCCAGAUGACAGUUCAGAAUGGUGGAAUUCACAAAAUUGUGAAGAAAAGCGAGUGGAAGAUCAAUAUUCUACUUCAAAUCUUUCUAUAGCAAACCAGUUGAUAAACAGUAAGCAGGGCUCCUGGGGACCACCUAUGCCGAAUGAACAGCUAGAAGAUGCACAUUUCACUCAUCCGAAUAGUGAAGGAAUUCAGGCUCUCCACCUACACUGCAGUGAAAAAGAAAAUGAAAGGCUAACACAGGCUAUGAAUAUUCAUGAUAGCGAAAUAAAUCAAGAUACUGAACAGUUCAAACAAUUAGAUCCCUUCAUAGUCGACAAAGAAGGAAGGGACUUCAAAGAGGAGCCUUUUCCCACAAAUGAGGGAGAUCAACUGACUACACAGAAUCCCUUUUCAGAAGAUUAUGAACUAAGUAUGUCAAAUACAUUAGUUCAGGAAAACACAAUACUUGCUGAACCAAAUGACAGUGAGGGAGGUGCAAGUCUCAUUCCUCAAGAACAACAGCUAGGUACCUGUGAAACAGUAGAAGUGCAGAACUCCCUGCCAACUGCUUUCACUGUAGAAGACUUAUCUUUUGAAAUGACUGAGAAGUCAAGUCCAGGGUGGAAUAUGGUAGUUCCCCAACCUGCACUUAUCCCAGAUAUUUUGCAGGAUAACACCCAACAAAAUAAUCAGCUGUUUUCAGUGAAACCUGACCUGUGGACUAAUACCGAGCAGCUUUUCACUCUGAAAGGAGACAGUGAAAAUCCUGAUAUAUUAAGUCACUGUGACCAAGACAAUAGUUCAGAGGCAUCAAGCAGUCCAGAUGUGUGUCAGGAGUACGACAGUAGGUGUGCCUCUCUCCCAUCUUCUCAGACUGAGGUGGAGUCUGAAGGCAAACAUAGUCAGCUGAUUUGCACACUGUCAAAUAUAAGUAAAGAGGUAGAUUUUGAUUCAGAGUAUCAGUUAGCAAUGCAGAAGUUGGAGGCACAGUCUGAAAGUGACAGUCCCCAGAACUAUGAUCAAGGAAGGACCAAUGAAUCCUACCAGCUAAUCUCUGCUAAUGCUCAGGAGCCUUCUACACUUGCAAUUUUGGAAGAAUAUGGCCUAGAAAGGAAAUCUGUUACUGAGAAGGCUGAGUCAAUUAAGAUCCCUAUUGAAGUUUUAGGAGCAACAUCCUUAGAUCUGGAAGAUACAUUCCAUGAAAGUCAUAUGGCUGCAAGCCGUCAAGAAACACCAGUUGAUUCAGCUCAGACAGCGGACUCCCAAACACAUUUUAUUCCCACUGAUUUCACUCUACCCAAUAUGCCAGAACAAAGCUUAAAAGAAAUGAGAGCCUUGGCUGAAACUGGAAAAUAUUCUGUUACUGACCAUACGGCAGUAACUGGUGAUAAAUUAGAAAUAGCAGGUGAACGCAUGGAUGGAUCUGAGACUCAGGUGGAACGUAACAUCAGUAACACAUCAGUCACUAAUACCCCAUCAAACACAUGCACUGGAAUGAACACAUGGACAGUAGUGGGCAGUGAAGCAGCAGAAAGGGAAUCAAGUGCAAAACAGAUAUUCUCCCGCAGACCUUUUCUGUCUGGUGAUAAUGAAGUCCAUGAAUCUGAUUCAAAUAAUGGGCUAGUUGGUGACAUAAUGAAAGAACCCAAACAUAAAAUUGAAAAUGAUGUCCCCGUGUAUAAGGGAAUGACUACUGAUCAAUUGCUGGUCAUGUGCACUCCAGCUUCCCAUGUAUCUCUUGGUGCCAAACGCUCUGGCAGCGGAGAGUGUUCCAAGGAUGAGCUUUUGUUAGAGAAGCCAUUUUGUGACAAUGUUGCUUUGGAAAAGCCUUUACCUCUGCUUACUCCUCCGGAAGAUGCAGAAGGCACCCUAAUGAUCAAGGUUGACAGCGUCAAGGAUCAGAUGCCUGACACAUCUGCAGAGUGCCCUCAGCAAGUAGCUUCAGGAGGCUCUGAGAUUUUGAUGAGAAUCAAACAUGAAGCAGAAACGACUGAUCUCGACUCACCACCAGGUGGAGAUAAAGGAUCACCCGAUGAAGCUGCCACUGACCCACUUUAUAGGAAGAGUAAGUUGAGAAAUUCCUCCGAGAGCCCUGAACUGAGAAGUGCAGAGGAUAAGGAAGAUAUGAGGACGCAGGUGCACAGAGAUCAAACUUCACUGGAGAUGGAUUACAUCCUUAUUACGGGGGAAGAAAAUACACCUUCAAGGGAGGGUACUCUUGAAGCAAAAGGAAGUGAUUUCGCGUUUCAAGAAGUUAAUGUAGCUGAACAAACAGAAUCUCAUGAAGGCUUUUCACCAGGCUCCUUGGAUACAUUUCAGCCGAUCUCCGUAAUAAAUGGAAGGGAAGACCAGUGUGUUUGGGGGUCUGAAUGGGACUCUGUUAACUUAGCAGAGAGAAGUUCUUCUGUCAUGCCUCAAAAACUGGACGAUGAAAGGAAAUUGCCGGAAAACUGUGGGCAAGAUGAGGACUGGAUUGUUUUGGGCCAAAAUGAACUCAGUGUCAUAUCACCUGAAGAAGUUUCUGCCAGAUUAGAGACACCAAAAUCAGGAUCUGGACAUUCUGGCAAAGAACUGGAACUUGUUGUAGCGCAGGAAUCAAUUCUUGACAUUCAAGCAGAAUUUCAGCUUGAAGAUCCCCUUCAUAAAUCAUCUGAAUUUGGGGAAUGUUCUGCCUUGGACCAUCUGAGUACUGAGGAUGAGAAUUUCACAAGAGCAGAUGUGCUCAUGUUGCAGGUGGUUGGCGGUGAUGGUGUAUGGGAAGCAAAUUCUCAACAGAGACUCAGAAAUAAUGUAGUAACAGUACAAGAAAUGGAGGAAGAAACAAUGUUUCUCAACAGUGAAAGAAAACUGAGACAAAAAUCAGGAUUGUUACUGGAGAAUGUGGGAAUGGACAUCCCCUUUGCUGAGGGUGUAUUAAGCCCUGGUUCUACAGAAAUGAGACCUGAACCUCCCAAUUCUCUUGAUCUUGAUGGCUCCCAUCCCAGAAGAAUAAAGCUUACCGCUCCAAAUAUCAAUCUCUCUUUGGACCAGAGUGAAGGAUCAAUACUUUCUGAUGAUAAUUUGGAUACACCAGAUGAAAUUGACAUCAAUGUUGAUGACCUUGACACUCCUGAUGAAGCCGAUUCUUUUGAAUACACUGGACAAGAACACAAGACAGUCGUUAAGGAUGCCUCCCAGGAGGAGUCUGAAUCAAUUCCAGAGUACACCGCUGAGGAGGAGCGAGAGGAUAACAGGUUGUGGAGAACAGUGGUUAUUGGAGAACAAGAGCAACGGAUUGAUAUGAAAGUCAUUGAACCUUACAGAAAGGUCAUUUCGCAUGGAGGAUACUAUGGUGAUGGUCUGAAUGCUAUCAUUGUGUUUGCUGCAUGCUUCUUGCCAGACAGCAGUCGAACUGAUUACAACUAUGUCAUGGAAAAUCUUUUUCUAUAUGUAAUAAGUACCUUAGAACUGAUGGUAGCUGAAGACUAUAUGAUUGUCUACUUGAAUGGAGCAACGCCAAGAAGGAGGAUGCCAGGACUUGGUUGGAUGAAAAAAUGUUACCAAAUGAUUGAUCGGCGAUUAAGGAAGAACUUGAAAUCAUUUAUAAUUGUCCAUCCAUCAUGGUUUAUCAGGACAAUUCUGGCUGUGACACGACCUUUUAUAAGCUCUAAGUUCAGCAGUAAGAUACAGUAUGUCAGCACAUUGGCAGAGCUCCGUGAGAUGAUUCCAAUGGAAUACGUACACAUACCAGAGAGUAUCGUCAAGUACGAUGAAGAGAAGUAUUUUAAGAGAAGAAUGAGAACUGGCUGCCUCUCAAAUGAUCCAGAAAUGACUUCAAUGGAGCAGGACAUUGACAUGAGGCUGAAAUAAAAAGAACUGCUUGCAGGCAUUUGAAGAAGAGGGUUUGCAUGGACUUUCAUCACCCAGACGCCCGUGGCCAUGGCGUACAAUAGGCAGUUUGGUUCAUUUUAUUUGUUUUACGGUUCUUCAGUGCCAUUCAGCAAUCCAAGAUAAACAAAAAGGCCAAUCCUGUUGCCAUGCAAACAGCAGAAAUUUGGACUUUGCUACAUGUUGUUUUCUGAAAUAUAGGUUGGAUUAGGAGAGCUCUAUCAUCUAGCAUUCGUUUAUAUAAGUGUGUGCAAUUUCUGUUUAAAAUUAUUACCCUAUUUCACCAACAGUGUGCCUCGUGAAUGAGUCAGUGAGGAUGUAGUUGUGUUUCAAUUUUGUCUUCAGCAUAUUAAUGUUUAUGCAUAACAAAGCAGACAGAAUAGUAUUGUUACAAUAAAUAUUAGCAUAGUUUGUUUCACAAAGCAGUUGCAACUUUAUUAUUUGAAGAGAAUUUGAGAAAUGAUGCAGGAGUUCUUUUUGAAUGAGUCUAUUUCUUGUUAUCUGAAAAGUCUCCAUGUUCACUUAACUCUACUACCUUUUAAUUUGGCCACAAAAAAGUCUAAUAUAUUUUAAAAUUAGACAUUAAAGACUUCCCAAAGGACAAAUGAC